CAACCGCAAUCGCACCCUGGCCAUCCAGCAGGUUCUCCGUGAAGAUGCUGGGAACUACCAGUGCCAAGUGUCCAAUUUAGUCUACAACGUAACAAGUGACGCCUUAUAUGUCCCCGUGAUCUGAAUCUUUCCAAAGGGAUCGUGGCCGGGAGGGACCUUCCCCUCCUUUUCCUUUGCAUCUCAACGUGUGAGCUUUGUGUGUUUGCCCCAGACGGACCCGACGCAGCCAUCAUCAUGCCAAACGCGAGCACUUACUAUGAGCAUACUGACAUCAGGCUCACCUGCGCAGCCGAUGCCUUUCCGUGGCUGGAAUACACUUGGCUCUUCAACGGCAGGAUCUAUGGCAGCGGAGAAGAGCUGAUCAGCCCAGAUGUUAGCAGGGCCCAGAGUGGGAAUUACACCUGCCAAGCGACAAAUGUACUCACUCACGACACGGCAAGCACCACCCUGGAGAUCCAGGUGGUGGGUGAGUAGCCGGAGAGUGGCCUGGCGCGGCUGUCCAUGGCUGGUCUUCCCAGCAGCGUGGCCUGUCCUUCGCAUUCCCUUCGCCUGUCCACUAGCUGUCCUUUCACUUUGGGCAAUAGACGGCUUCCAUUUACAUCCAUUGUUUGCGUCGCCAGAUGUCAAACUCUCUGUCGCCUGUCGUGUUGUGAUCUGUGGUGUUUCCCUCCAGCGGCUGGUUGAGUCCUGUGUUGGUUGGGGUUUAUCCUCACAUCUUACCCUUUUCCCUCUUAAGGUGCAUCUGUUCUUCUUCCUUCUGAGCUUUCAAAUUCAUGAUCAAAAGGGUUCUUAGUGACGUACAAUAAUGUCCCAGUAUAACAAAAGCAGGAAAAUAAAAAGACAAAUGGAGCAGGGGGAAUUAACCACAUUAGUCAUCAGUUUCUAUAAAAGCUGGCCAAAUGUCCAAAUAUAAGUCCAUUUGUAAAUUUGGCCCAGGCCUACAUUCUUUCAAAUGUUGCAAAGCAUUGUUAGAUCUUCUGUCCCUUGGAUCGCAAGUGGAGGAAAAUUAUAUUUCCAGUCAUACAUCUUCUUCAAACCUUGUCUGAGGAAGGAAUCUUAUCUGUCAUUCAACUUUAUUCUUUUUCCUUUAUAGCUGUAGAGUAGAUGUUGAUGUUGUUGUCUUUCCAUGCCAGGCUUUAAUGGCGUAAUUUCCUCUCACCAUUGGCUUCUGAAUCCCUUUUCUACUGGGAUCCUAAUCUUUCAGACUUGAAUCCUCACCAGGAGGCACAAAAGUGUCAUCUCCUCACUCCUGUCUUUAUCUAACACUAUUCAAAAAUGUUUUUUCCUAGUGAUCUCUUGCACCUCUCUGUGCCUUCCAUCCGCUUUCUCUCAAUGUCGGCCUUUCUCCCCCUGAAUAAUUUUAAUGCAGUUAAAUUCAUGAAGUGGUGGAGGUAUUCUGUUAGAAGAAAUAUGGAAACCUUUGCCAAUUGUUUUUUCUGUCCUCAACAGGCGGUAUAUAUAACGUCACCAUCCUUGGCCCUUCAAGUGUCAUAGAGCAUGACUCUGUCAAUUUGACAUGCAUGUCUAUAGGCCCCAAUGUAUCUUACCACUGGCUUAAGGGAGGCCAACUGAUCAAAGCAGGAGGCCAAAUGCUCACACUCAACGCAGCCACCAGGGAUGACGCCGGUGCCUACACCUGCUUUGGGAACAACAGCAUCUCUUACAGCUACAGUGAACCCCAUUGGCUGGAAGUCUUCUACGGGCCAGACAAGCCCAUCAUUGAACCCAGUGAGCAGGUUUACCUAGAGCACUCCACCCUUAACCUGUCUUGCUCGGCCAGCUCCUUUCCCUAUGCAAACUACUCGUGGUAUUAUAACGGAGACCUGGACACGGUUCAGAACGAGUCUCGAUACGUGAUCCGAUCCCUCACUAUGGGCGACGCAGGCAACUACACUUGCAAAGUGGCCAAUGACGUGACCGGCCUUGUCAACAACGCCUCCCUGGAGAUCAGAGUCCUGGAACCAGUCAGUAACGUUGUCAUCACCAGUGCUCCCAGUAAGGUCUUGGAACACUACAUCACUACUCUGAUGUGCAACUCAGCCGGCACCGAUGUCUCCUACUUAUGGCUCAAAGGGAACCAGAGCUUGGAGGCUGGGGAGCGCAUCUCUUUGAGCGAAAAUAACCAGAUUGUGACAUUCAACGCAACCCUUCGGACCGACUCAGAUGUCUACACCUGCUAUGUCAAUAACACCUUCUCUGGUAGUGCAGGCAACUACACACUCACUGUUUUGUAUGGGCCUGAUGAACCUAUAAUCAGCCCCGAUAUCUCACAUUACGAAACGGGAUCCAGCCUCAAUCUCUCCUGCGAUGCCGAUUCCAACCCACCUGCAAACUAUACUUGGUUUUUUAACAACCACACACAUGAAGGGAGCAACUUACAAAUCCCUAAUCUGUCUUCUAAUGACAUGGGAAACUACACCUGUGUGGCUUCUAAUGUGGAGACUGGCUUGAAUAGCUCUCAAGUCCUGGAGAUCUGGGUUUUGGAACCAGUCAGUAACGUUGUCAUCACCAGUGCUCCCAGUAAGGUCUUGGAACACUACAUCACUACUCUGAUGUGCAACUCAGCCGGCACCGAUGUCUCCUACUUUUGGCUCAAAGGGAACCAGAGCUUGGAGGCUGGGGAGCGCAUCUCUUUGAGCGAAAAUAACCAGGUUGUGACAUUCAACGCAACCCUUCGGACCGACUCGGACGUCUACACCUGCUAUGUCAAUAACAGCAUCUCUCAUAGCAUGGGCAACUACACAUUGAAUGUUUUGUAUGGGCCUGAUGAAGCCGUGAUCAGCCCCAAUAGUUCAUAUUAUGAAACGGGCUCCAAUCUCAGUCUCUCCUGCAAUGCUGCCUCCAACCCACCUGCAAACUAUACUUGGUUUGUUAACAACCAAAGACAUGAAGUGAGCAACUUGCAGAUCUCCAAUCUGACUUCUAAUAAUUCCGGAAAAUACACCUGCAUGGCUGCUAAUUUGGAGACUAACUUGAAUAGCACUCAAGUCCUGGAGAUCUGGGUGGUAGAAAAGCUCUCCAAACCCACCCUGUGGCCUCUGUCAUACAUGCCCCUUGCGAACGAGGAUGUCCUCUUGCAGUGCCAUACCUCCAGCAGCCCUUCUGUCAGUGUCUCCUGGUUCAAGGAUGGGAACCCUCUUCAAGCUGCUAAUGCAGUACCUUCUGGGAAUAACAGAAACCUUACUAUAACUGACUUCACCAAAGCGGAUGAUGGGAACUAUUCGUGUGAGGCCAGUAAUGCAAUCAGCAAGGAAAGAAGCGACCCCAGUGUCAUAACUAUGGCAUAUGGGCCAGACCAUGUUAAGAUCAACCAGUCAGGAGACAUCUCCUGGCCACUAGGAACCCAUUUGGUUCUGCUGUGUUUUGCGGACUCCAACCCAGCGGCGCAGUUUCGGUGGUUUUUCAAUAGUACUGAUACGAAAGUGAUGGAAGAGACCUUCCGCAUUGGCUCCCUGACCUGGGAAAAUGGAGGGAAUUACACCUGCCAGGCUCACAACAACAGAACCAACCUCACUGCCGCAGUCUCUGUCACCAUGAAGGUGACAAGUGAAGCAUGUCCCGGUGGCUGCGUUGAUCCUGGCCUCUCUCCCGGAGCCAUUGCAGGGAUUGUCAUUGGCUGCCUGGCCGCAGUCAUCCUCAUCGCUGGCCUGGUGUAUUACCUGUGCACUAAGACGUCUUUGGGGAGAACGGAGCGGCACGCAUCCAAUGGAAACAUAUCCUCGGUGCCCGGCCACAACCAGGGCGCUACUGACACCAAGCCCCGAACGGGUGAAGAGGACAUACAGUAUUCAACACUAGCCUUCAAUGCAAACAGUCCUCCCCAACCAGCCCCUGGGGCUGGCCAACCUUUGGACAGCAAUAUAAUAUACUCUGAAAUCAAGAAGAAAUGAUCAGGGAUCGGGGUUGGUGGCUUUUAAAAAUAAUCCUUGUCUGGGCUCUCUUAGCGCGCAUCGUCUUUCUACGAAGAUCCACCUCUGCUUUUCCUCGCCGUGAAUUUGUGUGCCAGAGGGCACGCAAGGGGGGAAAGGAAAAACACACCCAAAGACACACGUACGCACAUGCACACAAGCAAACCGCUGUGCCGAAGAGGAAGGACAAAGCAGGGUGAGCAGGAUGCUUCCCCCUGCAAUGAGUUUUCUCCAGUUCCACCCACCCAGCCAUCCUCGAAGCUGGGAAAAAGGGAAAAGGAUCUCUCCUCCAUGCCCAGGCUCCUGGUGAAAGAAAAGGACUGGCAGUGGAACCUAGCAAUUAAAGAGCAGGCCUGUUGUUUGUGCCCACAAGGCACCAGGGAAGAACAGGGCAAGGGAGAAAGCUAGCCACAGUCUUUCCUUCCUUCCUGCAGGAAUUGCACCUCUGCUCUCAUUGCUCCCCUCAUGCUGCCAUUUUGGUUGCAGGACCUGGUUGUGCCAAACCUCCUCUUCUCUUGGACUUGUCCCUUGAGUUUAGUGUGGACGCUGUGUUUUUUGCUGACCCUACAAACGGCAGCAGAGAGGAGAUGGACCUCAGUCUCCAAGGGUGACUUCCAAGAAAGUGCCCAGAACUGCUCUGUUUGCUUCAAGAAACAGACCGCCAUCACCUUCCAGUAUGGAAGUUUCUGAGCAAGUUUAUUUAAGUCAAGAAGUCCUCCCAAGGUGACCUCUUUUGCCCUGCAAACUUUUUUUCUCUCUGUUUCUUUUUUGUGCAAAUGUGUAUUUGAAAUCUUCCCAUGAGUCAACAUGUGGGCUUGAAUCACUCAGGGGUGUUUGUGCGUGUGUGUAGCCUGGGAUGUGCAAUGACCAAAGGGUCACUCUCAUGUUUCUAUUUUCCUUUUGUCAGGUGAGGCUAGAAUUCCCAGUUUCCUCUAAAUUAACCCACACAAAUCCAGUCCCAAGCCCAGUGCUUCAAAAGCAUCAAGGUGCCCUGCAAAAAAGCAGAACCAGACAGAUUGGUUAAGUUGGCAAGGUUGCCCACACCAAGACCACAGCAUGAGAACAUGGCAUGCAUGCAACGGCAUUAAACCGAUGCAUAUUCCCAGGUUUUUCCAGCUCAGAGGUGUCUCCUGCAUCUAAAGCAGGCAGAUUUUCAACCUUUUGUUAUCCAGAUAAUUUGGAUUUCAACUCCCAGAAGCUCUAGUCAGCUUGGCUGAUAGGGAUUCUGUGAACAGAAGGCCAAAGACCAAAGAUGGAAAGCCAGUGGUCAAAGGCAACACUGCAGAAUUAAAACAGUUGGACUCUGCUUUAAGUGCCAUGACUUAAAAUAUCCUGGGAUUUGUAGUCUGGCGAGGCACCAAAGCACCCUGAGAGACCAGGCUCAACACCUCCCCAAACUACAAAUCUCUCUGUAGGAGAGUCAUGGCAGUUAAAGUGGGGCCAAACUGCUUUAAUAAUGCAGUGUGGAUAAAACCUAAAAGGAAGAAGAUGGUAGGUUGGGGUACUACUGGUGUAGGUUUGAUUCCCACCAGCUCCAGGAACAGGGAGGCAUGUCCUGGGUCCUGUUUGUGGACGGAGCACUGGGUUUGGGUGCAAAGGGCCCUAAUUUGGAUGCCCAGCCAUGAUGCUCACAAAGCAAGGCUCAGGGUAAGCUGUCCUCCUCUCUUGAGCUGGCCUCUCCCCUCUCCUCAGCAGGGUUGUUUUGAAGCUGCUGAGGGAGAAAGAUAUACAGCCUGGAGCCUUUUGGGAAAGACUGGAAGGAGAGAGAUUAAAAUUAAAUUAGUUGCAGUGAAGGACUCAAGGCAUGCGUGGGAGUGCAGGGUUUUCCCUCGCUGCAAGGAGUGCACUUUUCAGUCGAGUUGUUUUGUUCAAUGCAACGAAGUGUGGGUUGUUUUGUUCAAUGCAACGAAGUGUGGAGAGAGACAGAGGGAGGGGAGCAGAGGGUGAUGGCCACUGUGUGGUUCUUCUAGUUUUGCUUUGGAAAACCAGAAAAGGCCUUGCAGCCAGAUUUGCUAAAACACUGUCCGAACUCUUGAAUCCAAAGUGUGCAAGAUAUGCGAUAGACAUAGCAGAGUGUCUGGAGAGGCGGGGAGUCACUUUUCCAUCAUGCUUGGGGUCUUUCCCUCCCCGUAGUGUCUCUCUUUCCCAUCUUUGGCUGAGAGUCAGUUGCCCUGGGGCAUGAUAGCAUCUUGUACUCUCUGAGCCUUGCAAAUGGCCGGGUGUGGCAUGUUAUUCACGCAAAGCUUUGUGGACAAUGGGGCAGUGUUUGGAAGAAGCCUGGCACUCGCAGCCCAAAAUGAACCCAUCCAUCCUCAUUCACCUGGCUUGGAAACCCCACGUGGUCACACUCUGUGCCCCAGGGAACCCCUUGCAAGGAAGGCCGGUCUCCCCGCUCUUGGGUCCAGCUGGCCAAGGGUAGUUUUUGGGGGGCAGAGCAUAGGACGGGAACUGGGAUUAAAUACUGAGACAAUUAUUGUGCAGGGGGGGAACGGGUCUGUUCCUUUGUUGAUUAUAUGUAUUAAAUCAAUUUUGUUUUUAAUAAAAAAAUUGAAAUAAAUUAAGGAUCUAAAA